GUGAUGGAGGUGGUGCGCGUGCGCGUUCGCUUUCUAGGGAGGAGGGGCGAACGGGCCGGGGCUUGGCAAGGCAGACAGCGCUCCGCCCGGGUAAAAGAGCGGCGGCGGCGUUGGGCGGGGCCGAGCUUCAGGGCUGGAGACCCGGCGGCUGAGGGGCCUGUGAACCGCUGCGGAGCCGCGCGCUACUCGGGCGGGGCGGGCAGAGGGAGUCUGCGCGCGCCUGAGCUGAGCUGCGGCUCCGGCGGCUACGCUGCUCGCCCGCGCCGUUGUCGCGCCGGGGUCUCCAGCAUGACGGAGCUGAGGCAGAGGGCAGUCCGCGAGCCGGAUGCUCCGCCCGAGGACAAGGGGUCGGAGUCAGAAGCAAGGGUAGAUGGAGAGACUGCGUCGGACAGCGAGAGCCGAGUGGAACCUGCUCCCCCGCCAGCCGCUGCAGAUGAUACCCCAGAGGUUCUCAAUAGGGCCUUUUCCAAAUUGUCUUCAAGAUGGAAGAACUGGUGGGUGAGAGGCAUCCUGACCUUGGCCAUGAUUGCAUUUUUCUUCAUCAUCAUUUACAUGGGACCAAUGGUUUUAAUGAUGAUUGUGUUGUGUGUUCAGAUUAAGUGUUUCCACGAAAUAAUCACUAUUGGCUACAACGUCUACCAUUCCUAUGAUCUGCCCUGGUUCAGGACCCUCAGCUGGUAUUUUCUACUGUGUGUGAACUAUUUCUUCUAUGGCGAGACAGUGACAGAUUACUUCUUCACUCUGGUCCAGAGGGAAGAGCCUUUGAGGAUUCUCAGUAAAUACCACCGGUUCAUUUCCUUUACUCUCUAUCUGAUAGGAUUCUGCAUGUUUGUACUGAGUCUGGUCAAGAAGCAUUACCGACUGCAGUUCUACAUGUUUGGAUGGACCCAUGUAACGUUACUGAUUAUUGUAACCCAGUCACAUCUCAUUAUCCACAACCUGUUUGAAGGGAUGAUCUGGUUCAUUGUCCCUAUUUCUUGUGUGAUCUGUAAUGACAUCAUGGCCUAUAUGUUUGGCUUUUUCUUUGGUCGGACCCCACUCAUCAAGCUCUCCCCGAAAAAGACCUGGGAAGGCUUCAUUGGGGGAUUCUUUGCUACUGUGUUGUUUGGCCUCGUGCUGUCCUAUGUGAUGUCCGGGUACAGAUGCUUUGUCUGCCCUGUGGAGUUUAACAAUGACACCAACAGCUUCACUGUGGACUGUGAGCCCUCAGACCUGUUUCGCCUGCAGGAGUACAUCAUUCCUGGGGUGAUCCAGUCGGUCAUUGGCUGGGAGACAGUCAGAAUGUACCCUUUCCAGAUUCACAGCAUUGCCCUCUCCACCUUUGCCUCUCUCAUUGGCCCCUUUGGAGGGUUCUUCGCAAGUGGAUUCAAACGAGCCUUUAAAAUCAAAGACUUUGCCAAUACCAUUCCUGGUCAUGGAGGCAUCAUGGAUCGCUUCGACUGCCAGUAUCUGAUGGCCACUUUUGUCAAUGUGUACAUUGCCAGUUUUAUCAGAGGCCCUAACCCGAGCAAACUGAUUCAGCAGUUCCUGACGUUGCGGCCAGAUCAGCAGCUCCACAUCUUCAACACACUCAAGUCUCACCUGAAUGACAAGGGGAUGCUGACAGCUGCCAUGGAGGACGAGUAGGGGACCCCAGGGGCUGGAGAGAAGAAGCAGGACUGAGCGAGGGCAGGUCUCCAAGGCAAGCCCGGUUGGUGUGGCUUAGACAAUGACGAGGCUUCAACUCACUGUCUUUUUUUUUAAUUUUAUUUUUUUGUAGAAUGUUUUUUAUUUGGGGGUUUAAAAAAAUCUGUAUUUACAGUCUGUGUUUAUGAUUGGGGUUGUGAGUAAACUACAGCUUUGAGUUGGAAAGAAGUCACAGAGGUAAAACUAUUCAGGUUUUUUAAACAAAGAAAAAUAUUGAACAACGUGGAAGACAGUGUUGCCUAGCUCAGGAGUGUCUGCUUAGUGGUCCUAUCCCCCAUCAAUUGAACUGUUUCAGGGCCGAGUCAGAGAGUGGACAUUCAUCUGUGGCCGACCAGUUCAGGGUGCUCUUCUACCUGUUUCUGGGUGCAUGGCUUGGAUGUCUUUACUGUACUGGAGAGCUUUCACCUUGGCUUCUCUAGCAAUCUGUGCCAUGGGGCUAUGGGAGGGUUGCCUUCUUUAGGCCGGAGAGAUGGAGGCUUAUUAAUCAGAUAAGCAUUCUAUCCAUGCUGAAAUCCUGCAGAGUUUAAAUAAGCUCUGCUUUAUAAUAUAGUUUCACCUUACUUCAUCACAGACUGAAAGAAGGUUUUAGUUUUUAUUUUUCUCAGAAAGCACGAAAAAUUAUUUAUAAUAGUCUGGAAAAAAAAACACAACACACUGUAAUAUUUCAAGUGUAUGCAGUAGAAUGUACUGUAACCAACCCCUUUCCCAAAUGUUUUAGGCUCAAAUGUCUUCUGUAAGGCAGUCUAGCUAACUGUGUCUUUUCAGGAGCAAUGCUGUUCACGUUUGUAUUAUAGACCUGCUGCUGCUGCUGAUUCCUUCUUGGGGGCUUUCCCAUAGGCAGGGAGCAGAGGGCUUCUCGUUCAUGCACCCUUUGCCUGAACACCCAUGUAGCUGCUCUGUUGUGUAUAUAUUACCCUUGACAGUGUAUAUGUCUGUGUGUUUGUUUUAAAAGUCACUUAUUUCUUAUUGUAUUUUCAAUUGUACCAUUACUUCUUCACUGAAACCACAAAGUCCUGCUUAAAACUAUGGAAAACCUAACCUGAUUAGAGACUUGACUAUUCUGAAGAUUAAAUGCACACUUUUAUAUAAUGUGA